AUGGACAUGUCAGGCAUGUCCUCGAGCUCGACCUCAGCCAGCGCGAGCACAUCCACCAGCAUGAGCAUGAUGACUAUGGAGAUGGUCUUUACCAACAGCCACACCACCCCUCUAUUCUCAUCCUCGUGGACGCCAAGCACCUCCGGCCAGUAUGCGGGCACAUGUAUUUUCCUGAUUGUCCUUGGCAUUAUCGGCCGAUGCCUGAUGGCGUUCAAAGCUAGCAUGGAGCGAAGGUGGCUAGCUAUCGCCCUUGACCGGCGAUAUGUGAUUGUCGCGGGCCAAAAGCCUGAAUCCGGCCUUGGCAAUAUGGAUCCAGAAAACAACAACAACAAUGACAAUGUCAAGACCGGAGUCCUCACAUGUCAAGGUGUCGAUGAGACGGUCCGAGUUGUGCGCCAAGUCGCGACAGAAACGCAGCCAUGGCGGCUUAGCGUUGACUUCCCUCGAGCGUGUCUGGCAUUUGUUGUCACUGGAGUAAGCUAUCUGCUGUAUGCCCACCCUCUCCCCAAGGACUACUGCAUGCCCCUCCUCUUUCUUCCCGUCCCAGGGCUAAUUGAAGAUCCACAGCAUGCUGGCGGUCAUGACGAUGAACGUGGGCUAUUUCAUGUCUGUGCUGGCAGGCGUAUUUCUCGGAGAGUUGGCCGUGGGCCGACACAUUGUGCACUGGAACGAGCAUUAGCAGCACAAAUUGAAUCGACCUGGAAAGAGCCCAUCGAAGGCUACUUGGUUGCCAAGCACCCAAGAUACAAGAUCUCUCAUAAGCCAAAACUCUCCCCCCAUGCACUUUCCACAGACCUUCAUCCAGUUGUAUCGCGUGUCUUGUCGUGCCUCUUUGCAUCAUCAGCAUCAGCAUCAUCAUACAUCAGCAUCAACAUGCGUGCCUUCUUCCUAAGUCUCGUUUCCCUGGCGUCCGUCGCGUCGGCCCAUUUCACUCUCAACUGGCCUGUUGCACGCGGUGCCAAUGAGGAUAACAUGCCAAACUUCCCCUGCGGCGGCUUCAACACCCCUUCAUCCAACCGCACCGUGAUCGCUCUCGACGCAGACUCUCUAGCCAUCGAUAUCACAUUUCAUCACACCAAAACUGCCGUCUCCUACCUCCUGGCCUUGGGCUCCGACCCCAGCACCAACUACAAUAUCACCCUAGGUCCGACGCUGGGUGCCACGGGUCUUGGAGAGUUCUGCCUGCCAAACAUUACGCUUGACUCGGCCAUCCUUGGUGUGAAUUUGACUGAUGGCCUGGAUGCGACUUUGCAGGUAGUCACUGACGGUGACACCGGUGGCGGUCUAUUCGCUUGCGCCGAUAUCACCUUCUCCUCGAGUACCAGCACAAACAAUCCCAGUCAAUGUGCAAAUAACACCGGUCUUACUGUAACGCCUUUCUCUGGAGCAGCCGCUACACGCAUUGCAAACUUGUCCGAAGCAGACGGUGCAGCGGCCUCGAGCACGUCAUCGAGCUCGGCCUCAAGCUCGACGGCAAGCUCCUCGACUAGCAGCCCGACCAGUGGCGCUGAUGUUUCCAUGCAAACUGCUAGCUGGGGCAUUUUCGGUGCUGUCUUUCUUAGCUGCCUUGCAGUUCUCUGA